UUCUCUGCUCAAAUUCACAGUAUCGCUCCAACAAAAACCUGCUUAAAUUUCUCAGUUUUACACGCCCUCGUCUUUAGGUCCUCCAAUAAAGAUGCAAAUUCAGAAACUCACUCUCCCAAAUAACGCUCUUUCACCACUCAAUUUCUCACAUUCUCCUCAUAUACACUCAUCCUUUUCACCGUCACGCCGCCACUCCAAUUCUCCUUCUAGAGUUAUAUUUAAGUCUGGAUUUUGCAAUUCAGCCAAAAGGGUCUCCAGGUCACUAAGUGGUACGAGAAGAUAUAGUAGUAACUUGGUUAAGGUCAGUUGUGCAAUGUUGGAAAAUGAAGAUAAAGAUGAUAGCUUUUAUAUAAGGAGGUGUGUGGAGAUUGCAAGAAAGGCAAUUGGGUGCACAAGUCCUAAUCCUAUGGUGGGUUGUGUCAUUGUCAAAGAUGGCAAGAUUGUUGGUGAAGGGUUUCACCCUAAAGCUGGUCAACCUCAUGCUGAGGUAUUUGCUCUUAGAGAUGCUGGAGAUUUAGCCGAGAAUGCAACAGCUUAUGUGAGUCUGGAGCCAUGUAAUCACUAUGGAAGAACUCCACCAUGCACUGAAGCUCUCAUUAAAGCCAAAGUUAAGAAGGUGGUGGUUGGAAUGGUCGAUCCAAAUCCAAUUGUGGCUUCAAGAGGUUUGGAUAGAUUGAGAGAUGCAGGAAUUGAUGUAACUGCUGGUGUUGAAGAAGAAUUGUGCAAGAGGCUUAACGAGGCCUACAUCCAUCAAAUGUUGACUGGGAAGCCCUUUGUUACACUUAGAUACUCCCUCUCAGUCAAUGGCCACCUCUUAAACCAACUUGGAGAAGGUGCCACAGAGUGCAGUGGAUACUACUCAAGAUUGUUACAGGAAUAUGAUGCAGUUAUAGUUUCCACCCCGACAGUUGACAUGUUCUCAGUUCCUAUGUCACAAGAACCUGGUGCCAAUCAACCCCUCUGUGUCAUAACAACAGCUUCUUUUUCUCCAAUCCGAGUUCCUUCCAUGGCCAAAGAAGCAGCUGCUAACAUAAUAAUAUUUGCUGACAAAGAGACAAAUGUCGAACCUGAAACAGCUGAAAUAGGAAUAGAAACUGUAGUUCUGGAUUGGAUAAGUUUGAAGGAAAUUCUGGAAUAUUGCAAGCGUCGGGGAUUAUGCAGUGUUUUGUUGGAUCUGAGAGGAAGUUUUGGUGAACUUGAAGGUCUUCUCAAUGAUGGUAUUGAGCAGAAUCUCUUGCAAAAAGUUGUGGUGGAAGUAUUGCCAUGGUGGUAUGAAAGUAGCAUCGAGAGUUCUUUUGCAGCUCUGAAGAAUAUUAGGAAAAGACUGAAAGUGAAAAAUCUACAACCCAGUAUUGCAGGUGAGAGCAUUAUACUUGAGGGUUAUCUUUAGCGCAAGUUGUUGGAACCCAAGCGGACACCAGAAUAUGAGCUUACCGAAUAGUCCAUUUCUUAUGAGCUUUAGGGACGGAAUGGGAUAUCUUUUCUUUUGAACAAGAAUGGGAUAUCCUUUUAUGCAUCCCUAAUUCCAUCACUCACGAAGAGAAAUCGAUAGCACAAUUCCCCGAAGGGGGCUCAAACUGAAAUUUGUGUCUCCCCUACAUUUGUGGCUUGUACAUGCUACUUCUACAUUAUAUCUGUAGAACUUUUUCGGGGGCUUGAAGAAAAAUCUUUCAAAUCGAGAAUCAUAAACGUUUAUUA